AUGGAUCUCGAUCAUAAUGGUGAAUUAUCCAAAUCGGAAAUUGUACAGUGCCUCAAGGAUUCAAACCUUCCAAAGGAUAAAUUGGAUGAAUUUCUUAGUUUAUUCGACUCGGACGGUGAUGGAAUAGUCACAUUGGAUGAAUAUGAGCGAGCACUCGGCCUAAAAGAAAUCCCUACGACCACAAUCGAUGAAUGGAGAGAUACCUUCUUGGAAAUGGAUACGGAUAAUUCUGGUACGCUAACAGUUCAAGAAAUCCACAUAGGUCUUCUAAAAAUUGGUGUGAAUAUUCCAGAAUGCGACAUCGCGAAGUUUAUUCGAAAAGUUGAUGAUAAUGGAGAUGGAGUAUUGACUGUGGAAGAAUUUACAGCCCUUAUGCGUUUAAAUGCUUAG